GUGUGAGUAUGGAGUCAGUGUUGGUGAAUAUCAGAGAAGCGCAGCAUCUGUUUCUCUCUUCUCUCUUUCGCUCUAUUCUUAUUCGUCACACUGUAUUUAGUAUUUAGUUUGAAGUGGUUGAUUUUUGAGAGGAAUAAACGUCAUCCGCAGAGUUUCGAGAUGAUGAGCUCGCGCUCGCGUCAAGAUCAUGUGAAAUUCUGCUGAUCGCUGGAGCGCGUGGACUCAGAUCGGACUGUGAUCGGAUGGACUGAUGAGCAGCGCUCAGGUGCGGCAGGAUGUGGAGGAGGUCUCUUCAGAACGCUCAAACACACACACUGAUGCUGAUGCUGCUUUUAAUGCUUUUCACUCUCUCUGCAUCUCUGGAUCAUCUCGAGCAUCACGUGCGGACGGGCACAUGCGAGGUGGUGGCGUUACACCGAUGCUGUAAUAAGAACAAGAUCGAGGAGCGCUCACAGACCGUCAAAUGUUCCUGUUUCCCGGGUCAAGUAGCUGGAACCACCAGAGCGGCUCCUUCGUGUGUCGACGCUUCUAUAGUUCAGCAGAAGUGGUGGUGUCAGAUGGAGCCGUGUCUGGAUGGAGAAGAAUGUAAAGUUCUGCCGGAUCUCAAAGGCUGGAGCUGUGCUACUGGAAACAAAAUCAAAACUACAAAGAUCUCUUCUGACCGGGAUCAGCUCUGGUAACCGCUGCUGGAAAACUGAUACAGACACAUGAAGAAGCUCUUUAACAUGAGAACGUGAGGAACAGGAGUCUCAGAUGAGAGAGAUUACAGGAUGAGAAGAGACUUUAAAUGAAAGAGAUCCUCAUUCAAACCCAAGAACUGUGUGUGUGUGUGAGAGAGAGAUCUGUCAUCAGAAAACUGGCUUCGCUGAUUCGGCUGAAGAUAUUCAAGCUUCAGUAUAAAUAAAGAGCAGAACAGUUUGAUAUUUCAUUUAUUUCUUGGAGUUUUAAUAUGAAUGUUUCUCUCGGUUACAUUAUUAAUUCAGAUGAGUGCAGGUUGUGUAAAUGAUAUCAAAUAAACUCUCAUCA